AAAAAUACGAUCUCCCCGAAAACUAUUUCUACUGAGGUUAUAAACAGCGGUAAGCCAAAACAAAACGAAACCACGGCGUAUAGGCUAAUAUUCAUUAGCGAUUGGCUGGUUUUGUUUCGCACAUCUGGCAACCCACCAGCUAAAGCUAGGGGUUGUUUUAAACGUUCGUGAAAGAAGGACUGGUGUAGAAUAUUUUUUUGUCUGAUGUGAGAGAAAAUGUCGAUUUACAGAGUUUAUCAACAUUAACCAGCUCGAGAACUGAAAUCCGAAUGAAAUGAAACGCAGUGUGUGACCCGGUUUAUUACUAAUUACAGUGUAAUAUGUUAGUAAUAUGUUUUUCACAGGCUCUUAGUAAGCGUGCACUUCUGUAUCAUUGUGAAGGUUUCGUUUAAAUGUUACUAGAAAUAUCGUUUCUUUAAAAAAUUUAUAAUUCAUUUUUUUAUUGCAUAAUUGUACAUUCUCUGAUCUGUAAACUACCAGAGCACUGAAUAAUCAUUUAUUUUUAUAUUGAGUAUAGAGUGAGUCUCUAAAAUGAAAGUAAUUCAGUGUAAAUUUUUCUGAAUUUGGUAGAUCUGGUGUCCAUCCCACAACAGUCCACCAAUGAAGGUUAGCAAUAUUCCCAUCAUCCUAUCAGAAGAGGAACUCUAGCUCUGUAACAUACUAUGGUAAAGACUGAGUUCAUUAAAGAGGAGAUUGAUGACAUGAGCGAUCCAGAAACAUCCAGAAUGAAUCACGAAGAUACUGAGGAACAAACAGAUCAGAUGGAGGUGAAAGAGCAAAAACAAGAACUAAAUAAAGAAGAGGAUCAUUGUAACUUCAAAACUCGAAGAAGAAAAUUAAAGAAGCAGCACACCUGCUCACAGUGCGGAAAGAGUUUCAGACUUAAAUCAGGUCUCAGUAAUCAUAUGUGGCACCACUCUGGAGAAAAGCUAUUUAACUGUGAUAAGUGUGGUAAAAAAUAUGCCUCGAUAUCAAAUCUAAAAGUUCACUUGAAACUUCAUUCAGAUGAGAAACCUUAUGUGUGUUCUGUCUGUGGAAAGGCUUUCUUUCAGCUUAACUGUUGUAAUCGGCAUCAGAAAACACACGAUGAAGUGAGAGAUCAUGUGUGUUGUGAGUGUGGGAAGAGCUUUACUACAGUUGGACAGCUGAAGCAGCAUCAGAGAAUUCACACUGGAAAAAAACCUUACAAGUGCUCAUAUUGUGACAAGAGCUUCUCUCAACCUGGAAAUCUGAAAUCACACGAGCGAGUUCAUACUGGAGAGAAGCCGUAUCAAUGCACUCAGUGUGGAGAGAGUUUCAAAUAUUCAACAGUUCUCAGUGAUCAUCUUCACAUUCACUCUGGAGAAAAGGUAUUUAACUGUGAUCAGUGUGGUAAAGAGUUUUAUUCAUCAUCACAACUGAAAAGACACCUGAGAAUCCAUACGAACGGGAAGCCUUAUGUGUGUUCUUAUUGUGGGAAGAGUUUUUCAGUGUUGUUCAGUUUUAAUCAUCACCAGAAAUUACACACCGGUGAAAAAGAUCAUGUGUGUAGUGAGUGUGGAAAGAGAUUUACUACAUCUAGCCAACUAAAAUGUCACCAAAGAGUUCACACUGGAGAAAAACCGUACAAGUGCUCAUACUGUGAGAAGAGUUUCUCUCAGUUGUCACAUCAGAAAACACAUGAACGAAUUCAUACCGGAGAGAAGCCGUACAUUUGUACUCAGUGUGGAGACAGUUUUAAACAUUCAAACUCUUUAGUGCUUCAUAUGAAAAAGCAUUUUCCAUCGAGUCCCAUCCAUUUCUCCAGUUAGUUAGUUUUCAGGUGCUUUAAAGACAUGACAAAUAUUCAUACCUUUAGAUCGGCAUCAAUAAUUGCAGUGUUUCUACAUAUGUUUAAAACUGAGAAUGGUGCAAAACAACAUGAAGAAAAACAAAACAUUAUAACUGACAAAGAAACAGGUGGCACUGAAGAUUAAAAAUGUA